UUAAACGAACCAAACAGAUGAAAAUAUUAUGAGUGCUUUAAUAACACAUGGAAUCCUGUCUUUGCAUUCCCAGGCCAUCUAGAGACAAGACUUUCCCGCACCAAUAUGGCUGCGUCUAUGUGCUGUCGUUAAGAAAUGUAAAUAGCAAAAUAUCUGAAACUCUUCUGAAUAUAUUACACUGUUGCCUUAUUUUUUCGUAAUUAUUUUCCACGUUUUUUGUGGUGUGCUAUUAUUCGUUCUUUAAAAAACCAAAAACGUCAGCAAACGUAACGUCCUCUGAUUGGGCUGCAGGACUAUCUUCCACUUGUUGAGUGACUGUUAGAGGGCAUGCUUUUGCAACACACACACUGUAGCUACCUAACCUGUAAUGUCAGUGGUUGGAUUUUGGUAGAACACCAUUUUAAUUCAACAGGAUAAACCAGAUUUUUGUAAGAUCAAAGUAACUGAAAGGUGGGAUAACGGGAGUUUUUAUCAGUAGCUACUUUCAGUUUUAGUCAACGUUAAAAUUUGCCUAAAGCCUAGAGCCUUUUAUGGCUCUCACAAUAUGAAAGACCCUGCCUUGACCCUGUUUUGUGGGAAACUCCGGCUGUUGCAGAUAUGUAUCUGCAUUCAUCUGAACAAUAUAUCGUUAUAUUGUCCCGAUAACGAUAUAACCCUGAAGCAGAAAACUACUCAAAGUUUUUUCACACAAAGAGAGAUGUUCCUGUGUGGUGCAGCAACAACUACCUAGGCAUGAGCCAUCACCCCAAAAUCAUCAAGGCUAUCAUGUUGUGAAAUUUACUCGGAAGCCGGAAACCAUGCGUCAGUGAUUCAGGGUUUAAGAAACAGCUGGGCUAAAAAGUUUAUAUCGUCACAAUGACGCCAGCCGCCUACAAGAGCUACUUGAGAAAUCGGACUCCUCCACUUCAAAAAUCGUUGCCAUCCGUUCAAUGGAUGGAGCGGUGUGCCUACUUGAAGGGAUGUGCAACGUUGCUCACAAGUUUGGUGCUAUUACAUUUGUGGAUGAAUUGCAUGCUAGAGGAUUAUAAGGCCCCAGAGGAGGAGGGAUUGAAGACAGAUAAAGUCAUGAAAAAAAUGGAUAUCAUCUCUGGUACACUUUGUUUCUUCUCUACCAAGUCUCUGCCCCCCAUGCUGUUGGCAGGGGAAUACAUUAAGAUCCUGAAAAGUGAAGAAGGCCAGAUGCUCAGAAGGAAACAUCAGACGACUGUCAAGCUGCUUCGACAGAUGCUGAUGGAUUCUGGCUUUCCUGUGGUUCACUGUCCAAACCACAUUAUUCUUGUCCAAAUCGGCUGAUGAAACAUGAAAGGAAGUGGGUUUGGACCUGAGGUCGCCCGCCUUAGCAGAGUGCAACUUCUGCCAGCAACUUGUUCACUUUGAAAGAUGAGUGUGAGAGAGAAGUCUUACUGCAAAGUCCUCAGUCCCAUGAUAUCAGCAGUUGCCUGACAUCACCAAAAGCACUGAAUUCUCAUGAUAUUAAAGCUGUAUUGUUUUUUUUUGUUUUUUUUUUAAAAUAAACAUGCGGUCUGUGUGUGGUUAAAGCACGAAUGAACUCUUUUACAUUUUUUAAAAACUACAGCUUUUACAUGAAUUAGCUGUUACAUGUAUGUGUAAAAUGUCCUUUUUUUGUUUCAGAGGUACUGAACUUAAACUUUAAAAAUACUGAACAUAGUUUCCAUCAGAGGUUUUUAUGUUCACAUAUAUUUAAAUAAAU